GGUAGCACCUGGCUGCAGCCGUUGUCGCAGCACAGCAGUGAGACUAGCCACAUCAGAAAGAAAGAAAAAGAGAGGGAUAUACGAGCAACGGUGGGAGUGGGAGAGGACCCGGUGUACGCAUUUCGAAAAAAUACGGUUAUCUCGACAAUAUCAAACUGUUCACGAAAAAGAUUGAUUGUAUUUCCACACGAAUCGAAAAACUUUGGUAAAAUUCCGAAGAUGUUCAAUCAAAGCGGAACACUUGGCAGUGGAACACCUUCUACGGCGAAUCCCAUGAAAGAUUUUGAAGUUGUUUCGCCUCCAGACGAUUCAGUCUCCAGCCUUGCCUUCAGUCCGGCAUCUAUUCCGACAAAUUUUCUUGUUGCUGGUUCUUGGGACUGCAAUGUGCGAUGUUGGGAAGUCGAGCAGACAGGAAAAACAGUUCCAAAAUCAAUGCAAACUAUGGGUGGACCUGUUUUGGAUGUGUGUUGGAGCGAUGAUGGCACAAAAGUAUUUAUGGCAUCUUGUGACAAAAUGGUCAAAUGCUGGGAUCUUGCAUCCAAUCAAUGCAUUCAAGUAGCUGCUCACGAUGCUCCAGUCAGAACUUGUCACUGGGUCAAAGGCUCCAAUUAUUCGUGUCUUAUGACCGGUUCUUGGGAUAAAACCUUGAAAUUUUGGGACACUCGGAGCCCUAAUCCUAUGCUCACUAUCAAUUUACCUGAAAGAUGUUAUUGCGCCGAUGUUGAUUAUCCGAUGGCAGUAGUAGGCACAGCAGGUCGGGGCUUAAUAAUAUAUCAACUUGAAGGAACACCACAAGAAUUCAAGCGCGUAGAAUCACCCUUGAAAUACCAACAUCGUUGCGUGGCAAUAUUUCGGGACAAAAAGAAAGUGCCGAAUGGUUAUGCUCUGGGCAGCGUUGAAGGACGGGUUGCCAUACAGUACGUGAAUCCGCCAAAUCCGAAGGACAAUUUUACGUUCAAGUGUCAUCGUUCGAACGGCGCGCCAAACGGUUAUCAGGAUAUUUAUGCGGUGAACGACAUAGCGUUCCAUCCGGUGCAUGGGACUCUAGCGACCGUCGGAAGUGAUGGAACAUUUAGUUUUUGGGAUAAAGAUGCUCGCACGAAAUUGAAACCUUCUGAGCCGAUGGAGCAGCCAAUAAGUUGCUGUUGCUUCAACCACAACGGACAAAUAUUUGCUUACGCAGUUUCUUACGAUUGGUCAAAAGGCCAUGAGUUCUACAAUCCGAUGAAGAAAAAUUACAUUUUUUUGCGAUCCUGCUACGAUGACUUAAAGCCAAGAAGCACGUCUUAAUUCAACAAAACUAAUACAUCCACAAAAAUUAAUAACUCGCAGUGAAACAAAGAUUCGAUUGCGAUCGCAUUCCACGCUGUUCUUUUUAUUUUCUCUUUCUCUCGCUCUCUCUCUUCGGCGGUGAAUUAAUACACUGGAAAUUUUCCAUCAACUCCCAAUUUUUCAACAAAUAUAUACAAUCCCGUAAUAUUACAUCUCAUUUUGUACGGAAUUAAUGUUUUCGCGCCGACGCGUUUGUUUAGCGUUCCAAUGUAAAUAUAAAAUAAACCGACUACGUUUUUA